AUCAUGGCGGACAUGCAUGUGGGGCUCCAAAACAAACUCCAACGAUACUACAGUUAGCUAGUUUCUCCAACAAGUAACAUCAUUGUACGACUUCUCUGUGGCUAGUUGGGCCACCGGUGCGCGAAACACCGCACUAUGGACGGGGAAAACAAGCUUAAUUUCCCGUCCCUGCCUGCCUCUAAGGAGGAACAACUGGACUGGGCAUAUCCAAUGAGGCGAGAAAUGCAGGAAAUCUUACCUGGCCUGUUUUUAGGUCCAUAUUCAGCUGCCAUGAAGAGCAAGCUGCCCACCCUUGAAAAGCAGGGGAUUACUCAUAUUGUUUGUGUCAGACAAGAUAUUGAAGCCAAUUUCAUUAAGCCAAAUUUUCCACUGAAAUUUAGAUACCUUGUCUUAGAUAUUGCCGAUAACCCUGUGGAAAAUAUUAUUAGGUAUUUCCCAAUGACUAAAGAAUUUAUUGAUGGAAGUUUACAGUCUGGAGGGAAGGUACUUGUCCACGGAAAUGCAGGAAUUUCAAGAAGUGCUGCCUUAGUAAUCGCCUACCUUAUGGAAACAUUUGGUGUAAAAUACAGGGAUGCUUUCAGCCACGUUCAGGAGCGGAGAUUCUGCAUCAAUCCCAACGUGGGCUUCGUGCAUCAGCUGCAGGAAUAUGAAGCAAUCUACCUAGCCAAACUUACCAUCAAGAUGAUGUCGCCAAUCCAGCUGGGCCGUUCGUUCUCCUUGCAAGCUGGGAUGCCAGGGAGUCUGAAGCGAACGCUGGAGGAAGACGAGGACUUUGGAGGCAUGCAGGUCACAGCGGCGCAGAACGGCUAGGACCGGCACAGCGGAGCUAUUCAUUGCAAAGGACUUAUUUUUACAUUUUUAUUGGAACUAAAAAAUAUAAAAUAUUUAAACUUUUCUAACGGGGGGAGGGGGGGACUGCUCCAGACGUCUGAGACCUCUGGAACUGGGGAGAAAUAAUUUGAAAAGUGAAGUUUUCUUUUUUUUUUUUUUUUAGUUGAUAGCACUGAUGUUUGUUUGGCUUUUUUUUUUCUUUUUUUUUUCUUUUUGCAGUUUUAUAGUAUUUAAAGCAUUUUGCAUUUGCAGCGGGACAGUAUUGCAAUAAUGCACUUUUGAUACUUGAAUUUUUUUGGGGGGCUGGAUGGAGUUAAUGGUAUAAGGGAAUGGGCAGAAGGUUAGUGCUUCGAGUGGAUUCAUUGAGGAUGUAUAUUUUGGGAAUGUUCUAGAAUGACUAGAAACACCACAAUAAGCGUGGCCUCCCCUCAAGAGGCUAAUAACGAUGGACCUGUUGUCCUAGGUCAGGGGGUUAUGGGUCCGUUGGCAGUGCGGUCAUUUGGCAGGCGAUAGUUUAUCCUUGUCAAAUAAUCAGUUAUCAUGAGGAACAGUUUAUUGAUGGAGGGGGAAGAACAUGCUUGCUGGGGAAUAAAUAAGCUAAAACGAGAAACGCUAACCAAUUUUGCAAGUGUUAAAUUUCUUGCCAGUAAGUUUAAUUCCUCCUUACUGAGUUUUCACCACCAGUAAGGAUGAUAUAUAAAAUAUGCCAUUAAGGUGGCUUGCCUUCUCAUCUUAAUAGGACAGCAUUUACACUGAGAAAAUUAUGCUUUCACUGUGGUCAUUUAUCAGUGGAGCACGAAUAUGCCUCCCAUGCUUUAGAUCUGCAGAGAGGUACUGCUCUUCAUCAGGAGUGUCAAUCACAUUCUGAAGGGCUGUCCCGUAUGCAGGCAUUUUCAUCAGUUUAUUCAUUUACAGUGUGUGCCUGAAAUGAAUCAUGUUUGUUUAUUCAUUUACAGUGUGAAAUGAAUCAUGUUCAUUUAUUCAUUUACUGUAUGCCUGAAAUGAAUCACUUUUGUUUAUUUGUUUACAGUGUGUGCCUUAAAUAGCCCCAAAAUAUUUUAAAACUAUUCUAACAUUUCUCUUCUCGCUGUUAGAAAAACAUGCUAAUUGGUGAAAAUGAAAAGCUGUAGUCUCUGCUACUGGAGUGGACACCAGAAUAGAAGUUGCCCUGUAAGAAAUGGAUUUGAUACUCCUGGAAGAGUAUAUUUAUUCAUAUAAAGCAAACAGAGAGUAUUUAAACAGUGCAGAGCCAUUGCAUUCUCUGGUGAUUUUGCUGUCCUGAUUUUAAGUAGUGUUUUAUUACUGGGGGCAGGCUCUUUGGGCAAAUGUUCCAUCUUAUUUAAUAGAGUGAAGCUCGAUAGCAUUGUAAUAAUCUGGGACAAAGCAGAGGUUCAAAAGAAAGGUAUACAAUAACUAGAACAGAAAAUGGUUGCCAAACUGAAGUAUUGUGUGGUUCAUACCAUAGCGGGGGUAAUCUUUCACUGGUGCGGAAGUGCAGUUGAGUUUUGGGAUGUUUUCAUGCAUGCAUUUUUUUUAUUCUGUGAAAGGCUUCACCUUGAUGGGUUGCUCUUCAGUUUGUCUGUCCUCUAGCGGGGCAGGUGAGAUUGCAAUUCCACACUAUUUAGAGGCAGAAUAAAGGCAAGAUUUUUCUUUUUUUUCUUUUAAUAACCGCAACAUUGGUCUGCAGCAAGAAUUGUAUAUAAUAGGUGCGAGACUGUAAACCAAACUAAAAAAAAAAAAAUAUUUAUUAAAAAUAAAUGAUUUUUGCUUUA